UGCUCCACUUUUCUUACAGUUGACUCUUUCAAUAAUUUCAUUGAAUGCUAUUCUCUGUUUUUCAUUCAAGUUUUCUAUUGCUCUCAAAUCAGCCUCAGAUACAAUUAUACUUUUUCUGCUCUAAUAUCUCUUGUUUCAUCCUGUAAAUCAUUGUACGAAAAAUCAUGGGGUAGCACAUCAAAUUCAUGAAGCUGCCUUCCAAUUGAUUGAAGGAAGAAAUCAACCUGUUGUAGCGCAUGCUUUCUCGCCUCUCUAUGUGUGUAUUUGUUGGAAUUUACAAGAUCUUCCAACAUCAUGUCUUCAAAAGAUGACCACAGUUGGUGGGGAUUAUUUGGACACGUGUAAACAAGGAUGGUUGCAAAUAGUCUUCGUAACUCAUAUGGCAUAUGGAAAAUGGAUGCCUCCUGCAAACACAACUGUUGACUAUUGUCAUCAAUCAAAUAUCCACAGAGCAACGCCGAUUCACGAAACGUGGCAACUUUGAGUCCAUUAAAAAAUUUCAAAUCAUCAUAUGAUUUAGGACAACGGAUUUUUGACAACAGAAUCCUAAGGUUCAUCUGCAGUGACUCCAAGGCAUGAGACAUAGUCUCAUGUUCGCAGCGGAGGAUUAGUCGGUGCGCGAAAGCUAGUCAGGAAACUCCUGCCGAUGAAGAUAAACUCUAAUGUGAGAGAUGGAAGGGAUCUUGAGGAUCUUGAGUCAAACCGGGAACUCAACCCACAAGAAAUGUUUGUUCCUGAUGUUGACUUAAAGCUACUAGAGGAGCUUGAAUCAAUGGGUUUCUCAAAGGAAAGAUCAACUCGGGCACUUCAUUUCUCUGGUAACUCAAGUCUUGAGGCUGCAGCAAAUUGGAUUGUUGAACAUGAAGAAGAUGCAGACAUAGAUCAAAUGCCUUUGGUGUCUGCGAAGAGUAAAUCAGAACCUUCCAAGCCUUCUCUUACACCAGAAGAAAGAAAAGCAAAAGCACAAGAACCGAAGGAGCGAGCACGCAAAAAGAAAGAUGAGAAUGGAAAGAGAACGAGAGAAGGAGCGGAUACGAAUUGGGAAGGAACUACUUGAAGCAAAACGCAUGGAGGAAGAAAAUGAAAGAAAACGAGUUCACUGCCCAUUAGGCCUGCUACAAAAUCUGAGCAAAUGAGAGAGUGUUUAAGAUCUCUUAAGCAAAGCAAUAAGGUAAAGAAAUUGUUGAAAAUGUGCAUUUAUUUUGUUACAAUCUCAUAUUUAUUUUAAAGAAAAUUGUGAAGGGUAUAUUAUGUAAAUGUUGUGUUCUGGAAGGAUGAAAGUUGUAUGCAGGUUAUAAAGUUUAAAACACGCGGGUUGAAUAUGGGUCGUAUAUAGAUCGGAUUAUAUUUGUGGAUACAAUCCGAGAUAUAAAUAGAGGAGUGAAGGUUCUGGAGAUUAAUUCACAGAAGUUGUUAGGUCUAGAUAUUUUCUCUCAGUCUUAUCUCUCAAGGGUUCUUCGUUGUUAGUUUGAUAUAUAUCUGAUUCAUUGUAUUUUGAGUGAGAGAGGAGGUUGUGUAAUCAGUUCUGUUUUUCUCUCAUCUUUUGAUCAUUAGAAAUAGUUUAGAUUGAGUGACAAUCUGAGUGUUUUUUGUAGUGAGUUUUGAGUUGUAAGUAUAUUGAAAACCACCUGUUUCUUGAUCUUAAUAUGAUAUGAGAAAUGGUGAUGUUGGGAAGUUUGUUUUGUGAGUUUUUUAACAUGGUAUCAGAGCGUAAGGCUCGUCUUCGUUGAUCCUGACGGUCGCUUCUUGUUCUUGCUCGUCUUUUCGUGUUUCUACUUUGGACGAUCUGUGAAAGGUAUACUUUCUUUUUUUGUUUUUUUUUUGCGAUUAAAUAAGUUCAGUCUAGGGUUUUUGUUUUAUUCCCCUAAAUCUAGAGUCUAUUUGUUGAGAUCUUGGUACUGCGAGUUGUUUGUUUAAUCUUUCAGGGAUACUGCGAUUCGAGAUCUGACUAAGCGUUCCUGUGAAGUUGACUAAAACUCUCCAACGUUGUCGAUCAAUCCCUAUUAAUCUGAAAUAAUCCUCUUGGGUUCAGAUUUCAUCACUGAUAAACCCUUGUAGGAAACGGAUUUAGGGAGUCGACGUUGUCCAUCCUCCUUUUUGCCUAGUGCACUGUGAGGGUUUCUCGUUCCCUUCUCUCUAUUUUCUAGCUGUAGAUCUGGAAUUCUUUGAUGUUUUGAGUACAUCUGUUAUUUGUUCUUUAC